AUGGCCAGCAGUCACAGACCUCCAAUGGCUCGUCCUUCUUCAAGAGCAGGAAUAGGGCUCACCACAAGGCCUACAUCUUCGUCAAGGACUCCUUCAGCAACCAGAAUAGGAACAGGGAUGCCUCCUAGUACAUCAAGACCUGGUUCUCGUGGUUCUUCAACUGCUGGAGGAGUCUUGUCAUCUCAGAUUAAAGUUGCAGACCGUCCAGUGACUCAACAGGGACUAAGUGGAAUGAAAACUGCAAUGAAAGGUCCUCAGAGGCAGAUAAUGGAUAAAACCUAUUACCUGGGAUUGCUGAGAAGCAAAACAAACGAACUUACAACAGAAAUUAACAAGCUGCAAGAGGAAGCAGAAAUGUACAAGCAAGAGAAAUCAGUCUAUUCGUCAUAUGAAAAAAGGGCAGAGGCUUUAGCUAGUGAAAUCAAAGAAUAUCAAGGCCAGCUAGCGGACUACAACAUGGUUGUGGAUAUACUUAAUACCAGUACAGACAUAGCAGAACUGAUUCGGGAUUACAAUGUGUUAAAAGUUCAGAAUGACCGAGAUGCUCAGAGUGUGGAUAAAAUUUUCACAGAAAGACAAGGCACAGAAAAGUUAAUUCAAGCUGUAGAAGAAGAUAUUGAACGUGAGAAGGUUGUAGCAGAUGACAUUAUAAAAGACAUGUCACAGGCAGAUCAAGCUAAAUACAUGGAGAUAAAGGCUGCAAAUGAAAAGCUCUCCCAGGAACUGAUGGUUCAACAGCAGGAAUUGGAUGCGCUAAAUGUAAAAGAGGAGGCUCUCAGAGCUGAAAUAGCACACUCCCAGGUGAGACAGGAAGCUGUGCAGCUGUAUGAAAAGCUCCAUGAACUUGAGGAACGUCGAGAUCAAAUGAUUGCUGAGGAUAAGAACAUGGAAUCUCCACAGGAAGAAAGAGAGAGAUUAUUAAAGCAGGUUAAGGACGAUAGUCAAGAAAUAGCAAGCAUGGAAAGACAGCUGACAGAAGUAAAAGAAAAAAUAAACCAUUUUAGAAAGGUCAUUCAACAACUUGAUAUGGAUCUGGAGAAUCAUCAAGAAGGAGAGGAAAAUUGGAAAUACAAGGAGCUGAAGAAGAGGGAAGAAAGCAUGGACAGUUUUCUUGAGACUUUUGAAGAGGUGAAGAAUCAGGAAUUGGAACGAAAGGCCCAAACAGAAGCCAACAUUGUUGCACUCCUGGAGCACUCCAGCAGGAAUGUGAAUCGUAUGAAGCAAAUUUCAUCUGUUACCAAUCAAGAGCUGAAGAUUAUGCAGGAAGACCUCACUUUCAAAUCAAAUGAAAUGCAGAAAUCACAGAGCACUGCUAAGAAUCUGGUUACAGAGAGUCAAAAACUGCAGAUGGACCUACAGAAGAUGGAACUCUUAGAGGGCAAGAUGGUUGAUGAACUGGCUUCUCUUAAAGAGAAAAUUGAACAAACGAAAACAGAACUGGAAGUCUAUAAUAAUUUGCCUGCUCUGAAAGCAUCAGGAGAAGAGAAGAAAAAGAGGCUCCAGGAUGACAAAGAAAAACUAACAAAACAUAGCCAUGCUUUCAAGAAAAUAAUGGAAACCUUGAACACAGAGUAUGAGACACUGAAGAGAGAGCUGCAAGAGAAUGAGACACAUGCUCAGCUCACGAAUUUGGAGAGGAAGUGGCAGCACCAUGAGCAAAAUAACUUUAUGAUGAAGGAAUUCAUAGCAACAAAAAGUCAGGAGAGUGACUACCAGCCAAUUAUGAAGAACGUGAGAAAGCUGGUCACAGAAUACAAUAAAGCUCUCAUAGAAGCUCUACAGAACACCAAGAACUGA